GACCCAGCUCGAGUUGUUUGUUCUCGAUAGCCUGGGCGUCGCGCAGCUUAGGAGUCUGGACGUCCGCAUUCGCAACCUUGCGCACGAGGACGACAUCGGAGUGAUGCGAGCCGACGCGCAUAGGGCGCACACGAGGCUUCACGACUGCACGGGCGGCUACGUUCCGUGCAUCGAUUG